UCGCGUCCACACUCCUUAUCCUGGACUCGCCUUUUCUCCUAUUCUCAUUCCAGCAUCCAGCCUCAAAUCCUCACUGAUUUUUCCCCCAUUGACAUUCCUCAACCUCUGCAGUUUGAUCAAUUAUCAUGUUUGUGAGAAGAGUUUUUGGAAGGACGUUGCUUGCUGCAGCCAAGUCAGAGCCUUCUGCUGCUGGUGCUGCUACAGCUAGGACCGGAUACAAUCCUCUUGAGGAGUUCUUUGAGGCAGAUAGAAGCCCUGAUGAAGACAAACCUGUUGUCUACGGUCGAGGUUGGAAAGCUUCUGAACUGCGCCUUAAAUCUUGGGAUGAUCUUCAUAAACUAUGGUAUAUCCUUCUGAAGGAGAAAAACAUGCUGAUGACUCAACGCCAGAUGCUUCAAUCACAGAACCUAAGAUUUCCUAAUCCAGAGCGUAUCCCAAAGGUGAGGAAGUCGAUGUGCCGAAUCAAGCAUGUGCUCACUGAGAGAGCAAUUGAAGAACCCGAUCCCAGGAGGUCUGUUGAGAUGAAGAGGAUGAUAAAUGAUUUGUGAUAGCUCCAACUCACUCCCUCUCCCAUUAGCAUUGAUGUGGGUUGGUUGCCUGUAGGCCCUGCGGUAAUGCUGACUAUUUUCAGAUGUAAGACUGCAACACCCUGGUCAUUUGAGGAGUAUAUUCAACUGUUUUGGAAUCCAGGGUCAAAGAUAUGUUGCAUGAAUUUAUAGAUGGCUGCAUUUUUGUCAGUGAAGUCAGUAUUAUAAGCAAUAAUGAUUGUUGAACUCAUAAUGUACUCAGCUUGUGUGCAUGGUAGAUAUUUUGGAACAUUGACAUGGAUUACAUGUGGAGAACUCUUGUGAGAAUAUCCCAACAUGUUAUUAUAGAUCUUUGCAUUAUGUUCACAACCUA